CCUGCUCCGGCUGUCUCCGACCCUGUAGACACUGCAGGCCCUGCCCUCGCUCGCCCUGGUCGCCCGGGGCUGACGCACAGGCCACAGCCUCCGCCUCGGGGCGCGUGGGCUCCUGCCCAGGUGUGGAAGCUGCGGGGAGGCGGUGCGGGGAACCCGCGUCCUCCGGCCGGAGCUCGGCUUCUGGCGACCGCUCUCCUGCGCGGGUGACGGCGGCGUGCGGGCUGGGAAGGGCAGGGAGCGCUGUCCUCCGCUCCGCGGCUGCCAGGCGGACCGUGAAAGCUUCGCGCGGCUGUAGGCGCCGCCCGGGAGCUAGUGCUGGGCGAGCGCGGCGCCCACGCGCGGUGGGGUGGGCUCCGAGCUCCGGGGGACCGGGCGGGGGCGGGGCGCAUCCUGCAAAGUUGACCAAGGGUGAGCUACCGCCGGCGCCCUGCUGCCCUAGAUUCGCCAGGUUCUUUCCGCGGAGCCAGGCGUGGACGUCGCUGCCCCGCUGACACCCAAGGGACCCGGAGAAGCCAGCGGGCGUCGGCAGGGAGCCCGUGCAGCGCGAGAUGGAGGCUGAGAGAGGGGACGCGCCGACCGGCGCCGUGUAGCCCGCGGGCCCCGGGGCUGGACCUUGCCCGGACGCUGUGGGGGCGCUCGAGCAGGGCCCUCCCCCGGGCUGCCAUGGAAGUGCCCAAUGUCAAGGACUUUCAGUGGAAGCGCCUUGCUCCACUGCCUAGCCGCCGGGUCUAUUGCUCACUGCUGGAGACUGGGGGGCAGGUCUAUGCCAUCGGGGGAUGUGAUGACAAUGGCGUCCCUAUGGACUGCUUCGAGGUCUACUCCCCCGAGGCCGACCAGUGGACCUCCCUGCCCUCCCUGCCCACAGCCCGGGCCGGGGUAGCGAUCACUGCCCUAGGAAAGCGGAUUAUGGUGAUCGGGGGUGUGGGCACCAAUCAACUGCCUGUGAAGGUCGUGGAAAUGUACAACAUCGAUGAGGGCAAGUGGAAGAAGAGAAGCGUCUUGCGCGAGGCUGCCAUGGGCAUUUCUGUCACAGCCAAAGAUUAUCGAGUGUAUGCCGCAGGAGGGAUGGGCCUGGACCUACGUCCACACAACUACUUGCAACACUAUGACAUGCUGAAGGACAUGUGGGUGUCACUAGCUCCCAUGCCCACCCCAAGAUACGCUGCCACCUCCUUCCUCCGGGGCUCCAAGAUCUAUGUGCUGGGGGGACGACAAUCUAAGUAUGCAGUCAAUGCCUUCGAGGUCUUUGAUAUAGAGUCUCGGUCCUGGACCAAGUUCCCCAACAUUCCCUGUAAACGGGCUUUCUCCAGCUUUGUGACCCUGGACAACCACUUAUACAGCCUAGGAGGCCUGCGCCAGGGCCGUCUGUACCGGCAGCCCAAGUUCCUCCGGACAAUGGAUGUGUUCGACAUGGAACAGGGGGGAUGGCUGAAGAUGGAACGCUCAUUCUUCCUCAAGAAACGCCGGGCAGACUUUGUGGCUGGUGGUCUGAGUGGAAGGGUCAUAGUGGCUGGGGGCCUUGGAAACCAGCCCACUGUCCUGGAGACAGCAGAAGCAUUCCACCCUGAGAAGAACAAGUGGGAGGCACUCCCCCCCAUGCCCACGCCCCGCUGUGCCUGCUCCAGCAUUGUCUUCAAGAACUGCCUCCUGGCUGUGGGGGGUGUCAGCCAGGGACUGAGCGAUGCGGUAGAGGCACUGUUUGUCUCUGACUCCUAGCUGGCCGGAGCAGCACCUUUGCCUGGUCAGCAUCACUCCAAUCCUGACAUGAGGAAUGGUCUCAUCAAAGCAGUUUGGACUACUUCCUCAGGCUCCUACUCCUGUGAAGAGACAGAGAGGUCAAGCCCUGGGGCUCUCAGUGACCUCUCUCUAACCCUGCACUCUCAGAAAGCAGAGCUGACUCCGCCAGUCAGUCAGUGCUGGGCUGUGGACUGGGGAGAAGCUUCACUCAGUGCUCAGACACAGCAGGGCAAAGUUCCCUCCUCUCGUCUACCUCGUGAGGUGGAGGGCAUUGCCACCCAGAGGGAGAUCCUUGUUGUCCUUCCCCAUCUCUGAGGUAGUUUGAGUGUCGUGAGAGAUAAACUAAUGAAGAACAGGGCACCCCCAAUCCCUUGUUUCUCUUUGGUUGACAUCCAUUCCCCAUAUAGAAGUCAACUGUAGACCUGCCCCAGAUCUCACCUACCUAUCAGGAAUUGCACUUGAAGCUAGGGCAGUUGUGUAGGAAGGAAGCUGGGGGCUCACACACCAGGCCAACAGCUUUGGCAGAAGAGACUCUUCCUCUCAGGUCCCAGUUGGGCAUGUGAUGAUGGAGUGUCAAUAUCUUCUGUAUUCUGCCUUCUGCCACCUUCUCCUGACCUGAGGCCUGGCCACUCUGUGUCCCAACAGCUCUCAGAGUGUUUCUGCGUGAAACUGUCUCAUUUACAUACACUGUGGCUUCCAAAUCCACAAAGGGUGGAUUAAUUGCACUCCGGUUAAUAACAGCAGCACAACAAUUGGCAUCUUUAUCCCUGUCUUCUUUGGACCCUGGAGACAAGGCAGGAGGGUCCUGGUUUGUAGAUAGAAAACCCCAUGAGAUCAUCUCCCACCGUGUUCUCCCGAGAAAGAGGGACCCAUUGGCCACCUGCUCUUGAAGAGUGCUACCUUCCCUAGGCCACAGCUGUCCCACUCUCAAAGAGCUCAAAGAGAAAACCAACCAGUUUUUCCUUCUCUUGGUACGCACACAUAUGUUUGGCCAAGGUUGUGACCAUUCAAUCUUUUCUAGGUUAUACCCAUGUCUAACCUUGAUCAAUUCUGCUGAAGCUCAUUUUAGGCAAAAGAUGAAAGACCUGUUAAUUGACUUAAAAGCAAUUGGGUGGCCAUAAGGGGGUCAGAAGGAUGGAUGGAUGUGCCUUCCCUUUGGCCUACACAGCAGCUCUUUGUGCUACUUCCCAGUCAUUCAUAUUGGAUUAGGAUCUAGCUUGGGGAAGAGCACUUACCCAGCAUGCUCAGGGACCUGAGUCCCAUCCUCAGCACAGAAAGCAAACUGAACUAGCUCUGAGUUAGCCCUGAGGACACCAAGAAUAAUGACUCCCCAGCCCCCACCCCUGACCCCCAGGCUGUGGAAGAGGCAGGGCUCAGGUGAUUAAUUGCCUCCCAAGGAGCCAGAGCUGGAGGAUAGCCUAUCAGGGUUUCAGGGGUCAGAGGCCCUUCUUUCUGGUGGUGGUAGGGGUCAUACUCCCCGCUGGAUCUUCAAGGACCUAGUGAAACCUGGAUCAUGAAGGGAGGUGGGUUGUUGGCUUUAUCUUUGGGUGCCAGGAGGACACUGCCACCUGCUGGCCUAGCAGUUUUUUCCUCACUGAGGUGAAGCGGAAGAUUGUGGCCUCUAAUGAACAGACCACAAAAGAAACCUCCAUUGCUUAUGGAUCCAAUACCGUUAAGUACCCCUGAACUAACCAUUAGAAAAAAAAGAGUCGGGGAGCUACAGAGGACAGGUGGCUUCUCAGAGCAAGCUCCCUCUCCCUUUCCAACCUCUACUUCUGUCCUGCCCAUAUCAUUCCCAACCCAAGAGGAGCCAAGCCAUACCACAUCUGAGGAUAGAAUUGGAUCCUUUUAAGAUAGUUGGAACCUUAGAGGCCCAGCAGGUUCUAUGAGGUUGAAUUAGAUAUUGACCUUAUCAGAGCAAUUUAAAGCUGGAGCUGGUAUCUGUUAGGGUCACCCCUGCCCAAGGUCCAUUGUGGGAAGACUAGGGAUACCUCAGUGAGGGGUGAGGGAAGCCCUUGAUGUCUGUGUUAAAACGUGUGGUUCUAUAUGCCUCACAUCUCAGAGGGAGCACAGCCAACGACCUGCCUCAGGCCUCACACAUCCAGUUGCCACAGGCCUCCCCUCACCACACCCUUCAGAAGGUCCCUUACCCUCCUGAGUUCCCAGUCUGUCUCACAAGGUGGUACAGUACCUGCUUCAGUACCCUGGUCAGCGCUGAGCACAGGAGGGGGUUGAUGCCCAGCUGGGCAACAUAAUGAGACUCAGACUUCCAGAGUCAGAAACUGGACACGAUGCUUACUUUUAGUUCCAACACUCAGAGGCAGGGGGAUCUCUGUAAGUUUGAGGCCAGCCUGGUGUACAUAGUAAAUUCCAGGACAGUCAGAGCUACAUGGAGAGACCCCGACUCACCCCAUCCCCUCAAAAUCAGGACUACUGAAAGGAUUUAAAUAUUGGGGAGAGCAUGUGGAAGAAUGCAGAGGCAUUUCUGGGGACAUGAGACUGUAAUGCAGGCCAGCAGAUCCACAACAAAAUCUCUACAUGCCUUGUGGAAGAGUCUAGACUUCAUGCAUGCAGGAAAUUAAGAGCAAAUGAAGGUCACCAUCACACCAAGUUCAAUGAGCAGGGCAGGGAAAACAAGAAUUUUCUGACUCCUGAACUCCUGCAUCAAGCCCAUGGUUAGAGCCGGGCCUCCCGAGAAAAGCGCAAGAGCAACACUUUUCCUGCACUGACUGGAAGAGCCCAAGGCAAGGCAAGGUCUGAGCUGACCCUGAGGGGAGCUGAGGCUUAGAGUGGAAAGCUUGGACCAUGUUCUGGUGGUGGGUCUCCGGCCUUAUUCCUUCCCCAUCACAGUGCCAGUGGAAGGAGGCACGGUCCCCAGGGAAGGGGGGAGAGCCAGCCGGCGGCCAGAGCUGGAUUCCCUGAGUGCCCUACACUGAUGCCGAGAAAAGUUGUGCUCCUCUUGUGCUAUGAUCCUCUUUGUUUCAAUGACUUGUUUCUCAAACGCUAAAGCUACUUGGGCUGCAUGGGCAGCUGUGUACCUGCCUUUCAGAAGCCCCAGGGCCCUCGUGUGUUCUAUGGAACAAAAUGCUUAUAAUCCAGCUCCUACAGACUCUUGAGAGUGAACACUGCAGACAUGCAGUCUAUGUGCCUUGACUGCCUUAAGCCAGUUCCUGGCACUGCCCCCAGAACCCCCCUCCCCAACAUCUACACUGCCUGUACUCUACUCUCCUUUCUCGCUCACACUUGCACCCUGCUCCCCUUACACGCGUACUCACCAUCCACCCUCUCAUUCAGACAUGCCUCCCUGUGCACACUUUUCAUGCAAAUGGCCACCCACACUCAAGCACAUCUUUACAAACACAUCAUACACGCCCCCUUAUGGACAUCUGUCAUGCCCAUAGCUUUGAUUUCACACUCAUGUAACUCAUGUACACUUGCUCUCAAUUGUCCGCUGUGGCCAGACUUAAAAUUACCUCCCAUCCCCACCCCAUCCCCCCGGUUUUUUGUUUGUUUGUUUGUUUUUGUUUGAGACAUGGUCUUACUGUGUAGCCCCCACCUCCACUAGCCUGGAACUUGCUAUGUAGACCAGGCUAGCUUUGAACCCAUAGAGAUCUACUUGCUUCUGCUUUCUAAGCAUUGGGAUUAAAGGCAUAGGCCGGCCACCA